CAGAGGAGCCAGGAAGUAACUUCGAGCUAUGCGGAGAGGCGGUUAAAGCAGGGCGAGCUGUGUCUGUUGUCAGAGGACGGUACCACGCUGGGAUCGAGGAAGGAAUAUUCUCCCGUUGCGAAAUCGAACCAGAUCGCUGGCUGAGGCUGACCUGCUUCAAUUCGAGAUUCGGGAGAAGAAGCAGAGGAAGAAAAAGAAAAAAGUAUCGUCUCAUACAAUAAACGCAAAUAUCAUCGCACAUUUCGAUACUCUCUGAGUCACUUAAAAGAGGAAGGAAGAAAAUAAAGCGGGAUCGGGGGGAGUUUGAAAGCUAAUAUUUCCUCUUGAAGUUAUACACAUAAAGCAAAGAAAAUUGAUAAAAUAAUAUUUAAGAUGCCACGAGUUGUCCCGGAUCAGAGAAGCAAGUUCGAAAACGAAGAGUUUUUCAGAAAACUCAGCCGGGAGUGCGAGAUUAAAUACACCGGUUUCCGAGACAGACCGCACGAGGAAAGGCAGGCCAGGUUCCAGAACGCCUGUCGAGACGGACGCUCAGAAAUAGCUUUUGUGGCCACGGGAACCAAUCUCUCCCUGCAGUUCUUCCCAGCCAACCUGCACGGAGACCAGCGCCAGGCCCCCACCCGCGAGUAUGUGGACUUCGAGAGGGAGACGGGGAAGGUGUACCUGAAGGCUCCCAUGAUUCUGAACGGCGUGUGUUCUGUGCAGGUGUACCUGAAGGCCCCCAUGAUUCUGAACGGCGUGUGUUCUGUGCAGGUGUACCUGAAGGCUCCCAUGAUUCUGAACGGCGUGUGUUCUGUGCAGGUGUACCUGAAGGCUCCCAUGAUUCUGAACGGCGUGUGUGUCAUCUGGAGAGGCUGGAUCGACCUGCAGAGGCUGGACGGAAUGGGUUGUCUGGAGUAUGAUGAUGAGAGGGCACAGCAUGAGGAUGCUCUGGCUCAGCAGGCCUUUGAAGAGGCCCGCAGGAGGAAUCGGGACUUUGAGGACAGGGACCGUUCGCACCGAGAGGACCUGGAGGCAAGGAGGCAGCCGGACCCUAGCCCUGGCUCCAUGGGCAACGCCGACGACCACAAGAUGCGUUAACAGUGUGGGGUGGGGCUGGGCGGUCAUGUGACCCUAGCACCAUGCCCGUCUCUCAUUUCGACACCGAACAGUUUAUGGGAGAGACCAAA